CCGCCUACUUGCCAAGAACCAGGAAAUAGUCAUGGUAUUUUGAUAGGUGACUCUCAGUUGAUAUUAGUCAUUGUAAAACACUUACUUUUCUAUUAGUUUCGUGGCCGACGGAGUUUGCCGCAAUUAUGGCAUCGUUAUUCAAGAAAAAGACCGUAGAUGAUGUUAUUAAAGAACAGAACAAAGAGCUGCGGGGAACGCAGAGGCAGAUUACAAGAGACCGGACAGCACUGGAAAGACAGGAAAAACAACUGGAGAUGGAAAUCAAGAAAAUGGCUAAAACAGGGAACAGAGAGGCCUGUACAGUUUUAGCCAAGCAGCUUGUGCAAGUGAGGAAACAGAAAACACGUACAUAUGCUGUCAGCUCUAAGGUCACCUCCAUGUCCACACAAACCAAGCUUAUGAACUCCCAGAUGAAGAUGGCUGGUGCCAUGGCCACAACCACCAAAACAAUGCAAGCUGUCAACAAAAAGAUGGAUCCACAGAAGACCAUGCAGACCCUGCAGAACUUCCAGAAAGAAACAGCAAAAAUGGACAUGACAGAAGAGAUGAUGAACGACACUCUGGAUGAGAUCUUCGAUGAUUCUGGUGAUGAGGAAGAAUCUCACGACAUUGUGAGUCAGGUGUUGGACGAAAUUGGAAUUGAGAUCUCAGGAAAGAUGGCUCAUGCCCCUUCAGCUGGCCGAAAGCAACCAAGCGCUGCCACAUCCAAAGCAGAUGGGAUAUCAGAUGCGGAGAUUGAGAGACAGCUCAAAGCCCUUGGAGUGGACUAGUGCUCAUGCACACACACACAAACACCUGAUUAUUGCCUGGCAAAAGGAGGCAACAACAUACUCUGCUCAGAUUCACAGACACACAUUUGAAUACAUCCAUGUCGAUUACAAAUGCAUACAUGCACAUGGAUGCCAAUAAACGGACAGACUAAAAGCUUACAUUCAGUCACAGACCUGCAUACUCUGGGAUAACCGUGCCACAAACGGCAAAUGCAAUUUAAAAAAAAAAUAUUAUUAUUUAUGACAGUUGCAAUGACACUAAGGUUGUUUAGCAUUCGUUUAGGGGUUCCGCUGUUUCAUCCGGCUUUAGAAAGACAAAAAGUAAAAAAAAAAUUUUUUCAAAAUACGUGUUGUAAAUGAAUACUUAUACAAUACAACGCCUUUGAGAAUAAGGCAAUUGUAUUUCCCUGAAAUCUACAGCUUCAGUCUCUUUGAUCGAUACCUCCGGAAUAUAACUCUCGCAUUGGUGUAAACAAGUUUGACAGGAGAACUCUACCUCUGUAAACGGAAGAAGUGACAGGGCUGGCUCUUUAGUCUCGCUGUGUUUUGUCUUGUCCCCACUUUACCUUGGUGUUCUUCCGGUGCAUGGCAGAACAUGAAGUGAGUCACAUCUUUAGUUCCCUGUUCUCGCCUUCACUUAGUUUAUACAUUGGAAACUAUUGAGUUUGACUUCUAGGUGCAAAUCUUGCUUGGAUCUUUUGAGUGCUCAUAUUUUAUUCAGCUGCUUUUCUGGGGCAAUGCCAAAUCAUAAGAAGUGUGUUCCAGUUGAACACAUGAUUUAUCCUCCUGUGGUCUGAAGAUGGUUGGUCUCCUUGAUUUCUCAUGUGCCUGAGGUCUCAGGUUGAUAGUGUGUGUGGUUUUCUCUUACGGUUGUAUUGAUCGAAUCAGCUAUUCUGACUUCAGAGAUGCUCGAAAGGUUCCUGUUACCUGUCAAUUUAAGUCAGGGUGUGACCAAAAUGAGGUUUGCUAUUUUGAGUCGCACGUGAAAGUGGCAUCCUGAGCUUGAUCUUUGAUUGCGCACAGAUCUAUUUUUUAGGUAGAUGAAGGUUACGCACUGCAAUAUAUAGUAAGGAUGUAAAUAAUGUAGCAUGACAGGUUGAUUAGGUUAAUUUAAUCCACAGUGAGCUUUUUGAAAUAUGGGUUAUGAGUUUCCUUUCUUAAUUUGUUCUCAGACAGAUAUUUGAUAUGCAGAUAUCAAAUUUAAGGGGAUUAUAUACCCUAUUUAACCAUAAAUAAAAUUUGUAAUAAUAA